UAUUUAACAUAGCCGACAAGGCAGCCAGUGCUCAGUCGACCACCGACCGUAUAACACAGAGUAUAUUCACAUUUCUUAAGUCAACGUAUCGGUAGACCGGCGUUCCGUAAACGGUGUUAGACAGUGUGAAAAGUGACAGUUCCACUCGCCAUGACUUUCUUAAUUUUCACCAUAGUUCCAUUAUUCGUAUCGAGUGUGCUGGCCAAUAAUUUCAGCUACGAUGGAAGCAAUGGUCCGUCUCAUUGGGGCAACGAGUAUAAAACUUGCCUGGGGAAAUUCCAGUCUCCUAUUGACAUAGAAGAAAAAGAUGUAACCACUACCACCUUUCCGCCACUGCAAUAUUCUGGUGUCCAUCGUUCCCAUACAGCCUACAUGACAAACAAUGGGCACACAGUGAUGAUUCAAAGCUUCGACAAUGAAUUGCCUACGAUAUCCGGAGGACCCUUAAACGGUAGCUACGUUUUCCAACAACUUCACUUCCACUGGGGACAAAACGAUAAUCUGGGAUCCGAGGAUCUCAUCAACAAUCACUCGUUUUCCAUGGAACUUCAUGCUGUUUUCUGGAAGAAAGAGUACGGUUCAUCGAAUAAGGCAAUGAAUCAUUCUGAUGGACUUACUGUACUGGCAUACUUGUACCAGGUCGCCGAUAAACCGAAUCCAAUUUUCGAUCCCAUCGUGCCACAGAUACCAGAAAUAAUGACUGUUGGCAAUAAUAUCACACUGAAGGAUGACAAUAUUUUGAGCAAAUUGAUCGCAGCUGAUAUCGAAUCGGCCCAGAAUUAUUUCACGUACAGAGGAUCGUUAACAACACCCCCGUGUUUGGAGAUCGUUCAAUGGAUUGACUUCAUAAAACCGCAAUUUAUAUCUCACGAACAGUUGGCCGCAUUCCGCAGUGUCCAAUCUAGCGAUGGUACAAAUUUAACUCAUAAUUUCCGUCCGGUUCAACCGUUGGACGGUAGGGUGGUCUAUCGCAAUAUUCCUUCCGGAUCCACGGAUACUUCCGUGUCAACGAAUCCGACCCUAGCCCCCGAAACUACAACUACACCCCCUGUAACGACUACAACCUCAAAGCCUGAACCAACGACUAAAGCUCCAAAUCCUGAACCAACGACUAAAGCUCCAAAUCCUGAACCAACGACUAAAGCUCCAAAUCCUGAACCAACGACUAAAGCUUCAAAGCCUGAAACAACGACUCCACCGAUUGCUACAACGAUUCCUUCGAGUAACAAAACUGACAGUUCUAAUAAUGGACAACAAAGCAUGUGGACCGUAUCACCUUUUGCAGUGAUACUUGGAUUAAUUUUUCUGCUACCCUGUCAGUAAUAUACUGGAGACUCUAGUCAAUCACUUUGACUGUAUAUGUAAUUUAAAGUAGGCAAUAAGCAAUUUGAAGUAUGUAUUUACUUGAAUGAUUUUGAUGAAAGUAGAUGUUAUGUAUUUCCUAUGAUGCAUCUAUGUAAGCAGAUUUUAGUAAAUACAUAUUUCAAAAUUAUGUAUAAGAUACUUGUAAUACAUAAAAAAAAAUAAAUGUCUUUGUUAUUUUUAGUUAUAUAUGUACUACUGAUAUUUAUCUAUAGGAAUAUUGUGAACAUUGUAUAUAUAUAGAGUAUUCUUGUACUGACUGAUUAUAAGAGUUCUUAUUUCUUGUCAGAGCUAAGCAGUAGAGAUAAAGAAAGACAGUAAGCAAAUUGAUCACCUGUACUUUGAUAAGUAAGAAAGAUAAAACUGUUAAUUAAAAUAUUAAGAAUAAUAUAAGAUGGAGCUUUUUUCAGAAACAUUGGUGUAUGUCUGUCUAACAGUUCCUACUGCUGCCAUAACGAUGUAUUAUAAUCAAUUACAUAUGUAAUAAGACUUGUUCACAAGUGUAUGCAUGUGAAACAUAUUGUGUUAAAAUAAAUUGUGAUUUAGAUGAUAAUAAA